ACAAAGCGAGAUUGUGGAGAGAAUUCUUUGACAGCCGUCCCUCUAGCCUUUCGGACCUUCUACCCAUUUAAAACCCUCCCAAGGUCCUUGGCGCCCACCUCCCUGUUCGCCGCUUCUCUCUUCCACUCCUCCUAUAAUGGAUGGCGGCGACCUGCACUUCGAUCCGCCCAUCCUUCUCGCCGGUCCUUAUCUUGGAGAGAUUUCCGCCCUUUCCUUCCUCCCUCUCCCUUCGCAUCUCUCUUCCCUCCCACUUCUCCUCGCCGGAACUGGAUCGGACCUUCUCUUCUACAACCUCGUGACUGGGACUCUACUUCGCUCGUUUCACGUCUUCGACGGUGUUCGGGUCCACGGCGUAUCCGUCCGUUCUUACCCCGACCCUUUGAUCGCGGUUUUUGGGGAGAAGAAGGCCAAGCUAUUUGCCCUUCUUGUGGACGCUAAUCCGUUGGAGGUGAGGAUUGAGCUUUUGAGCCAGUUGCCUCGCUUUGAACAUUGGAUUCUGGACGUCAAGUUUUUGAACGAUGAAAGUUAUCUUGCCCUGGGGUUUAGUGAUAACUCGUUGGCUUUCUGGGACGUUAAUAAUUCGACUUUGGCUGGGAGGUUAAAGUCCCCAGAGAGGUGCCUAUUGUAUUCUAUGCGAAUAUGGGGUGAGGGCUUGGCGACGCUACGGUUGGCCUCUGGUACCAUCUACAAUGAGGUUAUUGUUUGGAGGCUUAGUUGUGAAAACCGGCAUGCAUCCAUACUGUCCCUGGAACCUAUCAAAGAGCGCACAUAUCAUGAUGAGGCUACUAAAAUUGGGUCCCAAAAAUUUCUUCCUAUCCAUUUGUGCAGGCUCAUUGGCCAUGAGGGUUCAAUAUCUCGUAUUGCAUGGUCUAUUGACGGAUCUAAAUUGGUGUCCGUCUCUGAUGAUCGAAGUGCUCGCAUCUGGCUACUCAAUAGCAUUGGAGUACAGUAUCAUGGUUCUGAGGACAAUCUCAGAAGUCAUGGCACAAAUACUAUUGUGUUCUUUGGUCACACUGCUAGAAUUUGGGACUGCCAUAUAUCUGAUUCUUUAGUUAUUACAGCUGGCGAGGACUGUACCUGUCGGAUGUGGGAUUUGGAUGGUAACCUGCUUUUGAUGUUCAAAGAACACAUUGGGAGAGGCAUAUGGCGAUGUUUAUUUGAUCAUGGCUCAUCCCUUCUAGUCACUGCUGGAUUUGAUUCUGCUAUUAAAAUGCGUCAGGUGCAUUCUCCUUCAGUUUCAGAACCGACGAAGGAUGAUAGGCUGCUGAAUAACGGGAAUGAUGUAAGAGAGAUUUUUACUAUUGCUAUUCCUCAAGUAGCCAGACAGCAUGGUCCGAUGGACAGCAAAAGUGAAUAUGUACGUUGCUUGUGUUUUGCUCAAGAGAAUGCUCUCUAUGUUGCCACUAACAAUGGUUUAUUGUAUCACGUUGAGAUUUGCAAUCCCGGGGCUGUAAAAUGGACUCAACUCGCCCAAGUGAGUAAAGAAUCACCAAUUGUUUGCAUGGAUUUAAUGCCUUUGAGAUCUUGUAAAUCUUCUUCAUUUAUGGAGUAUGUCAUUGCUGUUGGUGAUGGCAUGGGAAAAGCUACAGUCAUGAAGGUGAUCGGUGGUACAUCAACUUCAAUGGUGGUUUUCUCUCUUGCUUGGUCUGCUGAAAAGAAGAGACAACUGUUAGGAAUCUAUUGGUGCAAGUCACUAGGCUGCAGACACCUUUUUACAGUUGACCCUAGAGGGAUGUUAAAACUUUGGAAAAUAAACAAUGCUUUAGAGUCUGACACUGAUGAGAACAAUUUGCAACCCCAGGUCUCUUUAAUUGCGGAGUUCACAUCGUAUUUUGGGGCACGGAUAGUGUGUCUGGAUGCUUCAGCAAGAGAUGAGGUUUUAGUAUGUGGUGAUCUGCGUGGUAAUCUUACUGUAUAUCCCUUGUCAGAGGACAUAAUGAAUUCUGUCGCUAUUGAAAUGGUGAAAAAGGUUUCCUUAAUAAAUCGGUUUAAAGGAGCACAUGGCAUUUCCACCGUAACCAGCAUCAUGAUUACUAUGUUGGAUUUCAACCAAAUGGAAAUACGCACAACAGGUGGUGAUGGUUGCAUUUGCUAUUUCAAGUAUGAUAAGAAAUUACAAGUACUGGAAUUUAUUAGAAUGAAAGAAGUGAAAGAGUUAAGUACAGUUCAAACUGUUUACACAAGUUCGAUCCCUUCUAUAGAAUCUCCAAUGGCUGAAUAUGCAAUUGGCUUUACUUCCGUGGACUUUAUCAUGUGGAACCUAGCAAAUGAUACAAAGAUGUUAGAAAUUCCUUGUGGGGGAUGGCGGCGCCCAUAUUCUUUUCAUUUGGGGGCUGUUCCUGAGUAUCAGUUCUGCUUUGCAUAUGUUAAGGAUUUUAACAUCCAUAUACAUAGGCGGUGGGUGCCUGCCCAUGAAAGACAGCAACACACACAGGUUUUGCAUCUGCAAUACCAUGGAAGAGAGAUACAUACGGUGUGUUUCAUAUCGUUUCCUCUGCAAUCAAAUCCAGUAAAACCUUGUGAUUCGAUGAUUGUCACAGGCUGUGAAGAUGGAACAGUGAGAUUAACAAGCAGGUGUAAAUCUCUGAACUCAGAAAGUUGGCGUGAGUCAAAGCUACUUGGUGAGCAUAUUGGUGGAUCAGCAGUGAGAUAUAUAUGUUUUAUAUCGAAGAUAUAUUCAAUUGGGGCUGAUCAAACUUGCUGUAUCUUGAAUGAUGUUUUAGAUUGCAGCAAAACUGAACCUACCCUACUUAUUUCAGUUGGUGCUAAACAAGUUUUAACUUCAUGGAUUUUGUGUUAUCAGACUGCAGAUCAUACUGACGAGCAUCUUGAUGUUAGGGAAUUAGAAAAUACUUAUUGUUCUUCCAACUGUAAACAUUCUUCUAUCUGUUUUCAGUGGCUGGCUACCCAUAGCCCGUCAAAAUAUGCGAGUCCACGGAGAAGGUUGGGAAAACUACCAGACGCUACUGAACAUAGAAAUGCGUCCGAUGCGAAACCAGUAGCAUCUAUAGUUGAAAAUAGAGAGCAAAAUUCCAAUUAUGCAUCCAUGGAUAUGCAUGAAAAUGAUUGGAGAUACCUUGCAGUCACUGCCUUUUUGGUUAAACAUGUUGAUAGCAGGUUUACAGCUUGUUUCACUGUUGUUGCUUGUUCAGAUGCAACAUUAUCACUGAAGGCUCUUCUUUUGCCUUAUCGCCUUUGGUUUGAUGUUGCUUUAUUGGUGCCACAACCAUCUCCAGUGCUGACGCUGAGACAUGUUGCUGUUCCUCUUUGCAUCAGUGCUUCUGGUAAUAACUCAACUCAUGUAGCGCAUAUUGUUAUUAGUGGUUCUACAGAUGGCAGCAUCUCUUUCUGGGAUCUUACUGAAACAGUGGAAAAUUUUAUGCAGCUUCUUUUGGAUUAUCAGCCUAAAUUGUUUAUUGACAGUCAAAGAAGGCCUAGAACAGGAAGAGGAAGUCAGGGUGGGCGAUGGUGGAGAUACUUGAUCAACCAACCUAGUGGGAAUAAAAUGAAAGAUUCUAUGGGCAAAAACAAACUUAGAGAUGGCACAUCUGCCUUAAGUAUCGAAAAUAAUACUCCUGAAUCCUCAUGUGAGCAGGAAAGCCAUCUUGUGCGGGACCAAAUAGGUAGUCACCAUACUAGAAGUUCUGAUUCCUCUUCUUCACUUGAUGCUCGUUCUAUGACCUCUUUAGCAAGACAAGAACUUCUGCCUUUGUUUGUCCUUAGUUCUGUUCACCAGUCGGGCGUCAAUUGCCUUCAUGUGUCAGAGAUGAAGGAUUCUAAUGGCAAACUAGGGCAAGUUUAUUGUGUUGUAAGUGGUGGGGAUGACCAGGCAGUGCACUACCUUUCCUUUCAGGUUGAUACACCAAUGAUAAACUCUGCUUCAACCUGUGGUCAAAUCAUUGAUUUUGCUAAACAUACGCAGAAUGUAAAUCAGUAUCAACCAUCAGGAUCAAGCUCCGUCGAAAAGUGUUCUUAUAACAUUAUGAAUGAUGAUCAUCACAUUAGAAUACUUCAGAGGCAAAGCGUCAACUCGGCUCACUGCUCAUCAGUGAAAGGUAUUUGGACAAAUGGCCUUUGGGUUUUUUCUACGGGUCUCGAUCAAAGGAUUCGAUGCUGGCAGAUUGGACAGGGCGGAAUGCUCAUCGAACACUGUCAUUUGAUCAUCAGUGUUCCUGAGCCAGAAUCGCUUGAUGUAUUGACCAUUGAUAGAGGAAGGUACCAAAUUGCUGUAGCUGGGAGAGGCUUACAGAUCAUUGAUUUCUUCGCACCAAGUUCUGAAUGAGAAAUCCUGAUUCUGCAUUCUGCCGUGCUUAAAUGAGUUUCUUCUAGAGUUGGUAAUCGACCAUGUGAUUGUUUUUCUUUGGGAGUUGGGACCUGGUAUUCCUUUGGUUCCUUCUCGUUAGUUAUUUGAAAUUAUUUGUAAUAUAUCCAAAGAAUCAUCAUCUUUUGCGCCAGCCUUGUCUGUUGUUUCAUUUAGAUUAUGCGUAAUUUAUAUUUUUGUAAUGAGCAUGGUGAUCUUUAUUCGAUAUAACAUUUUAA